UGUGCUGCGGGGCUAGAGUCAGCUGAUGGGUGACGGUAAUCUGCAGUAGGAGGAGAAGCAUUUUUCGGGCCGGAUCUGUCAGACGGGACCGGCGCAUCUCCGUGUAUAGGGGCACCCUCCGAUCCUUUACAAACAUGGAUUUCUCCAAGUUACCGAAGAUUCAAGAUGAAGAACGUGAGAGCAACUUUGGCUUUGUGCACGGGGUUUCAGGACCUGUGGUCACUGCGUCUUACAUGGGGGGUGCAGCCAUGUACGAGCUGGUGCGAGUGGGACAUUCUGAGCUGGUUGGGGAGAUUAUCCGUUUAGAAGGGGAUAUGGCCACGAUUCAAGUCUACGAGGAAACCUCUGGUGUAUCGGUGGGAGAUCCUGUUCUGCGCACUGGGAAACCCCUGUCUGUGGAGCUAGGCCCUGGCAUUAUGGGAUCAAUUUUUGAUGGUAUCCAGAGGCCUUUGAAAGACAUCAGUGACUCUACACAAAGCAUCUACAUUCCCAGGGGGGUUAAUGUGUCUGCUCUAAGUAAAGACAUCAAGUGGGAGUUUACCCCUUCCAAAAGCAUGAGGGUCGGCAGCCACAUUACUGGGGGUGACAUCUAUGGAGCGGUUUUUGAGAACUCCCUCAUUAAGCACAAGAUCAUGUUGCCUCCACGGAACAGGGGAACAGUUACAUAUGUUGCUCCACCUGGGCAUUAUGACACGUCGGAUGUUGUUUUGGAGCUGGAGUUUGAGGGAGUGAAGGAGAAGUUCACAAUGGUCCAGGUGUGGCCAGUAAGAAGUGUACGUCCAGUUACAGAGAAGUUGCCAGCCAAUCACCCUCUACUUACUGGCCAAAGAGUCCUUGAUGCACUGUUCCCGUGUGUACAAGGUGGGACCACGGCUAUCCCUGGAGCCUUCGGCUGUGGAAAAACUGUGAUAUCACAAUCUCUGUCCAAAUACUCCAACAGUGAUGUUAUCAUAUACGUGGGUUGUGGAGAGAGAGGAAAUGAGAUGUCUGAAGUACUGAGGGAUUUCCCAGAGCUGACAAUGGAAGUGGAUGGAAAAGUAGAAAGCAUUAUGAAAAGAACUUCGCUAGUAGCCAACACCUCUAACAUGCCUGUUGCAGCCAGAGAAGCCUCUAUUUACACAGGAAUCACACUAUCUGAGUAUUUCAGAGAUAUGGGUUACCACGUCAGUAUGAUGGCUGACUCUACAUCUCGAUGGGCUGAGGCUCUCAGAGAAAUCUCUGGGCGUCUGGCAGAAAUGCCUGCUGACAGUGGUUAUCCUGCUUAUCUGGGAGCCCGUCUGGCCUCUUUCUAUGAGAGAGCUGGACGAGUAAAAUGUCUUGGGAAUCCUGAAAGGGAAGGAAGUGUCAGCAUUGUGGGAGCUGUGUCGCCUCCUGGUGGUGAUUUCUCAGACCCUGUCACAUCUGCCACUCUGGGCAUUGUUCAGGUGUUCUGGGGAUUGGAUAAGAAACUGGCUCAGAGAAAGCACUUCCCGUCCGUUAACUGGCUUAUCAGCUACAGCAAGUACACACGGCCACUAGAUGAGUACUACGACAAGCACUUUGCUGAAUUUGUACCACUCAGAACCAAAGCAAAGGAGAUCCUACAGGAAGAGGAAGACCUUGCAGAGAUCGUGCAGCUUGUGGGGAAGGCUUCCUUGGCAGAAACUGAUAAAAUCACCCUGGAGGUGGCCAAGCUUCUUAAGGACGAUUUCCUACAGCAGAACGGGUACACGCCAUAUGAUAGGUUCUGUCCUUUCUACAAAACCACAGGGAUGCUGUCUAACAUGAUAGCAUUUUAUGACAUGGCGCGUCGUGCAGUGGAAACCACAGCUCAGAGUGACAACAAGAUCACGUGGUCCAUUAUCAGAGAACAGAUGGGAGAUAUCUUAUACAGACUGACGUCCAUGAAAUUCAAGGACCCAGUGAAAGACGGAGAAGCCAAGAUUAAGGCCGAUUACGCCCAGCUGCUGGAAGACAUGCAGAACGCCUUCCGUAGUUUGGAAGAUUAGAAGCCAUGUGGGCUGCCGUCUACCAACUCAUCUCAGACCUCUGGCUCCUGCAUUAGUGCUGGAGCUCCUGUACAUUACGAUAGAAACCUAUUGCCCCUAUUCACAUUCAGUAGGUCUUAAAACAAUUGUGUCCAUUCCAGUGUUCUGAGUGCCUCCGUGUAGCUGUUAUACCCAGCAGUGUGGUGAAUGUACUUUGUGAACACCUGAUGUGCUGAGCAGAUGGAGUGCACAUGGGAAAGGGAUUCUGUUGGGCUCGGUGAAUUGUAUAAAUAGACACUAGAUUUCCAGUACCACAUUGCGUAAACUGUAUAAUUCCAGUUUAUGGUCAUAGGAGUGAUUCAGCAUAUGCUGACAGACCUAAUUUUGUAUCACAUAUUAAACCCUUUGCAAUCAGAGAGGACUUUCUUGGAUACUACCUUAUGCACUGUACAAGUCCUAAAACUAGGGCUCAUUCCAAGCACUGUCAUUGAACUUUGUAAUACUGCCUGCUUAUUGAACACGGUACAGCCAAUAGAUACCAGACUCUGCACCACAUGUCUGUUUAAUCACACUCUCAUUGGCCCUCCCUUUGUUACGUGUACAAGCCUAAUACCACAGAAUAAAUACAGCUUCGGUAUCACAUUGAGCUUCUGUAUUCUGCGCUCAGCAUCUGGUCAAAAUACUGAACAAAUUUAAGCAGACUAUUAUCUAAUGAGGGGAAUAUUAUUAUAUAUAUAGGGCAUCGUUCCCUUCAUUGCAUAAUCUUCUGUUUCUUUUAUUAAAUGGAGCUUAAAGUGCUUUAGUCUAGUGUGUUAUGACAUUUGCCUAAUAAAAGGGAACAUGGAGCUUGAUAGCAUAUAUGGGCUUUGGCGUCUCCUGUAAGUUGCAUUAGUGAUGUUGGGUAGUAAAUAUUUUGCGCUCCUAAUGCCCUGGAAGGAAUGUGAAAACUUUUUUUUUUCUCCUGUUAGUGUCCGAUCUAUUCACGGUUGUUGGUUCUUCAACUCCUUCAAUACUUUGGCUGAAGUGAACAAGAACCCAUCAGUUUGGGCUCGAGUCUUAUAGAGCCAGAGUUUACAUUGCAAUCUGUGACCGGAGAGUAUGCUAAUUCUUAAAGGUAUACUAAACCCACAUUGUUUCUUUCAUAAUUCAGAUAGAGCAACUUUCUAAUUUACUUCAAACUAUUUUUUUUUCGUUCUAAUGCGAUCUUAUAUGAAAAAGACGGAAUCUACGCUAAGGAGCCAACCCAUUUUUGAUUCUGCACCCUUGAUAGUGCUUGCUAAUUGGUGGCUACAUUUAGCCACCAAUCAAUCGGCAAGCGCAACCGAAUAAAAAAUGGGCCGGCUCCUAAGCUUACAUUCUUGCUUUUCAAAUAAAGAUAGCAAGAGAACAAAGAACAAUUGAUGAUAGGAGUAAAUUAGAAAUGUGCUUCAAAUUGCGUGCUCUAUCUGAAUCGCCAUCAAUCACCUGCAUUGCAGAACUCUCUCUGAUGAAGUAUGGGUUAGAAAACAAGAAAUAAAGUCAGAAUGAAUGGUUUUACCCAGAGUCUCUGGCCCUUGUGCACUCCCUGUGUUACGGGUGUUAUUGAAUAAAUGCUAAAAAUUCACUGUAAAAUCCCCUUCAUCCUGUGUUUGUCAUCUUUUACAUUGUACCUUGUGUAGUAAAAAUAUAGAGAUUAUAUCGUUGAUGUUCUCGAAAACCUUUGGGAUGUAAACUAUGAAGCAAAUGUGUAAAGAUGAAGUUGUGUAUUUAUUUUAAUGUAACUGGGCGCUCAGUCAGGCACCAGUUUAAGCAGCUUCUCAAUCUCUUUUGUUCAGUGUUUUUGUUCUCAGUGUUGAGCUUCUGCACUGUACCAGUUAAUUCCUGGCUUUCAAAACGAAGGCAAAAAAAGAAGAAAAAUAUUUAGAUUUUAUGACUUGAAAUGUGUAAAGAUGUUAAGAUUCUUGGGAAUAAAACAUUAAUUUAAAUUUAAAA